GAAAGCACAGCGUUGGUCACCGCGACGAAUCCCCACCGUCUCGCAGUUGGACGUCCGCUACCGCAUCCCCGAUUCCUCUCCUCUCCUUUCCUCCUCCUCGCCGAGGCCAAAACCCAACUCCCCGAUCUAGCCAACUACUCAGAUCUCGGAACCCUCGCGGUCGCCGCGGCCAUGGCGAAGGAGCCCCCGUUUUCCCUGCCACCGGUGGUCUUCAACCCCUCCACACCAGCCCACCGCCGCCACCCUAUCCCCGGACCCGGCGCCUCUCCGCCACCCGCCUUCGCGCCUCCCCGCCCCUCCACCUCCUCCGCCGCCAACCCCCUGCCCUUCAUGUCCUUCGACAUACCCGCUCAGUCCAACUCCACGCCGCCCAUCUUCACCGGGCCCAUCGGCGGCUCCGGUGCCUCCUUCGAAGACGAGCCGCCGCUCCUCGAGGAGCUCGGCAUCAACACGCGCCAGAUCUGGCGGAAGACGCUCUCCAUCCUCCACCCGCUCCGCUCCGCCGACCCGUCGCUCCACGCAGACGCCGAUCUCUCCGGCCCCUUCCUGUUCCUCUUAUCCUUCGGUCUCUUCCAGCUCCUGGCUGGUAAGUUCCACUUCGGGAUCGUCCUCGGGUGGGUCACUGUCGCCUCCCUCUUCCUCUACUUCGUCUUGUCCAUGCUCUCCGGCGGACGCCGCGGCGACCUCGACCUCUACAGAUGCGUCAGCCUGGUCGGAUACUGCAUGCUCCCCAUGGUCAUCUUCUCCGCGGUCUCCCUCUUCCUACCGCGGGGCGGUGGGCUCAUCUUCGGGAUGGGCAUGGGAUUCGUGUUGUGGUCUACCAGGGUCUGCACCAGGUUACUAGCAGAGCUUGCCUCCAGCGGCGAUGAGCAUAGGGGACUCAUUGCCUACGCCUGUUGGCUCGUCUACAUGCUCUUCUCUCUGCUCGUGAUCUUCUGAUGCUGUUCUUGAGAUGGAAGAUCACACUCGGUAUUCUUUUGCCCUAUGGAGCGUAGAGCUGCUUUUGAUCAGCGACUGGAAUUGUUUAUUGAUGCUACAGAACUAUUGAUGAUCUAGUCAGUUGUUUGGAAAAUGUUAUGUAACGAUCUACUCCUUUUCAUCCUUUAGUUUCUGUGGCAUGGUAGGGGGCUGGUAUAGAUCUUGGUAAAGAAACGUAAGGCAAGAUCAGGACAGUGAAAAUAUUUUAAGUAAUUAGCUUUUGCUGAAGUUUGAUGGGAUUAGCUAGCAACUUUUGAAAGAGUACACUCGUGAUCUGUUUGAA